AUGGGCUCCUCCCCCCUCUCUGCCAUCGAGGUCACCACCUCUCCUAUUACUACCACCGCCGCCGUUGGAACGACCCCAGGCCCAUCCGCGGUGAAGAGCAACAACGCGAGGGCCACGACGAGGGCCACCGCAGCGCAGCGGAGAGCGCUCACGCGGUUGGAGCGUGGUGUCUGCGGGCUGUCGAAGCCGGAGUGGCACCCUAUGGGACUUUUGUCGCCGACUGCGCCGCCGCGCCGCCCGUCUUCGGCCACCGCCGGGCGUCCGUCGUUGCGCGGCGAAGGGGCGGACGGCGCGGCGGAGGCAAGCGAGCUUUCGUUUUACGAGCGAGCACUUCUGGAGGCUGCCAAGGCGAUGAGCUCGAUUUAA